CGCGUGCGCUCCUCCGGUCUCAGUUCAACAGCGCGACUUGCGCGAGAGACGCGCUUAAACCCGGGAAUAUGCUACAAAUAUCAUCGGAAUACAGUAAAAUAAGUGUUAUUUCUUAAAAGAAAAGAGCUGCACCCUACAAAUCUGCAGAACUUCCCUAAGCCUGUGUGCUUCUCGAGGGACACCUUAAGACAGAUUUGACCUGCUGUCCCCUGUUUACCGAGACACAAUCAUCAUCAAUGAGGACAUUAGGAAUGGCUGUGUUCAAGCAACAAAAAGUGGAGGAUUUCUAUGAUAUUGGUGAAGAACUUGGAAGUGGGCAGUUUGCUAUCGUGAAGCACUGUAAAGAGAAGAGUACGGGUGUGGAAUAUGCUGCAAAGUUCAUAAAGAAGCGGCAGAGUCGGGCGAGCCGGAGAGGCGUUCGGCGAGAGGAGAUCGAGAGAGAGGUGGACAUCCUACAGGAUCUCCAGCAUCCCAACAUCAUCACGUUGCACGACGUUUACGAGAACCGCACUGACGUGGUGCUCAUCCUGGAGCUUGUUUCAGGAGGCGAGCUCUUCGACUUCCUGGCUCAGAAGGAGUCGCUGUGUGAAGAGGAAGCCACAGAAUUCAUCAAACAGAUCCUCAACGGAGUUCAGUACCUGCACUCCAAGAAAAUUGUACAUUUUGACCUGAAGCCUGAAAAUAUCAUGCUGCUGGAUAACAAUAUCCAACUGCCGCGGAUUAAACUUAUCGACUUUGGUUUGGCGCAUAGGAUCAAGGACGGAGUGGAGUUCAAAAACAUUUUUGGGACUCCAGAAUUUGUUGCUCCAGAGAUAGUCAACUAUGAGCCUCUGGGAUUAGAGGCGGACAUGUGGAGCAUCGGAGUCAUCACAUACAUCCUAUUAAGUGGGGCAUCGCCGUUCCUGGGCGACUCCAAGCAGGAAACUCUUGCAAACAUCUCAGCAGUGAACUUUGAAUUUGAUGAGGAGUUCUUCGGCAGCACCAGUGAACUGGCCAAAAGCUUCAUCAGACAGCUGCUGGUGAAAGAUACGAGAAAGAGGCUUAAAAUACAAGACGCACUCAACCACCCCUGGAUUAAGCCCGUAAACCCCAGACAAGCCCUGGUGCGACGACAAUCUGUGGUGAACAUUGAGAACUUCAGGAGACAAUAUGCCCGGAGAAGGUGGCAGCUUUCUUUCAGAAUCGUGGCCCUCUGCAACCACUUGACACGCAUGAUGAAGAAAGGUCACACUAAAACACAGGACAAACCCAAGAUGGGCUACGUAGGUCGAACGGUGGCCAUGUUCGAAAGAGAGUGCGAGAGCGAUCAAGAGGAGGAGGGGAUGCUGAGGAGACCUCGAACCAGGAAGAGAAGUAGCACUUCCUGAAACUCCCUGCUGCUCCUCCGACCGUCCACAAUAUAAACAUCCCAGCCGCAUGCUGGUUUUGAGGUGAACCUGCGGCGUGUUUGGCGUUUCUAAACGCACACAAGCUGAGUUGUUUUUAGCAAGUGUGUUGAGGUCUGAAUGUGGCUUGUUUGUCUUCAUAGAGAUGCAAUUAUUAUUCUUCAGCAUGUCUGUAAACAUGAUGCAAAAAGUGGCAAAUAUAGAAAGAAAACAUUUGUUCAUGUUGUUUAAAGCCGUGCAUAGAUGUAUUAAUGUACAUAAUGAGAUAAGGAAGAGUUUACUGGAUAUAUUACAAGUUUGUGCGUAAAGUUUACUUGUAUAAUGUUAAAAUAUGUAUGUUUUAACGUCACCCGCGCCACUUUGCCUUGAGUCUUCGCUGUGUAAUAUGUGCCACAACAUAUUUGCAUUCCUUUAUUGAAAUGUCUUCUGAUUUUAUUGCUUUUCAAAAGUGCAUGAGUGAUAUAGCCAACUUCAUUAUUCUGUAUGAUAUUUGUUAAUUUUAUGUUUAUUGUUUUAUUGCGCAGAUUUUUGUCUCAAGGUGCAGUCACAUUUACUGUUGUUUGGCGAAAGAUUUUCAGACUUCGCAACAGGUUCAAGACUUCUCACGCAAAUUAAGUAAGCUGCUUGGUUUAAAAUGAGCUUUAUAUGGCGCUACUAUUGACAGUUCACGAUGGACUUGCGAAAUUUUGCUACUGUGAUCAGGAAUUUUGUGUGCGUGUGAAAGAUUUCCUGCAAUUCACUGCAGUUAUCAACCGAAAACUGCUCGGCGAAAACUGCUCGGUUUGAAAGUGAUUUGAGUGAAAAAUUUGACUAAUGUGACUGCACCUUUUUAAAUUUGCAUUUGACGAAGCAAGUCAGUGCGAAAUGGGCUGGAUUUGAGAUCCAGUGUUAUACUCAGUGUAUUUGCGCGUAAGUGUAUUAAAAUUAGGUCACUUAUCAAGCCUGAAAAUGACUUGUAAAGCUCUUAAGAUAUUAGUAAUGUAUUAGAUGCCAUUCAUUUUGAUUUCAAAAAUGUAUGUUUAUUGAAAUCAGGGCAGAUAUAAUGCUACAUCGUGUUUUUUUGGUGCAUUGAAAAGUCCAGCCCUCUGUCAGGUAAGGACAAGCAGGAACUGUUGGCAGUGCUGUUGGAUUGUGAAAUGAAACUUUGUAUCAUUGGGACAUUAUGGUACUUGAGAUGUUUCAGGACUGCGCCACCUAUUGGUCAAAAGUUUUAAGAAAAUCACAGCUGCUUCAAUGUAAAUUGUUUGUAAUACAGUGCCUUGAGCCUGAAUGUGAUUGUUAGUAUGCUUCACAUACCUCACCAUCAGAAGAGGUUGUAUUCUGUAUGAAUGUAUUCUGUACAAUGGGCUUAUAAAUGAGAGGGCUCAAAAGUUCUCAUUUUAUUUCAUUAAAACAUUGUUAGAAAAAAAAAAAUCAGUAAUGUUCUUUCUGCUAAAGUAUUAAACCUUAAUCGAUUUUAAACCAUUUUGCAGUGCAUAUUUAUACAUUACAUUAAAUAUAUUUGUUUAUGUGUAUAAACAGGACUAAGUUCAAUGCAUGUUCAUUUACAAUUACAUCACUCCCUGUGCACCAGUCACAUGAUUGCAGGUGUUCGGGGACAAAACAGUGUUGUUUACCAGUAUAAAUCUGCCAGAUUUAUACCAGAAGUGGAAAGUAAUCAGAAAAUGUGCCUCAAGAAAAAAAUCCCUAUUUAUUUUAUACUCUUGAUGUGACACUGUACUUGUGUUGUUCACACUUAAAGUGAAAUGAACAAAGUUUACUAAGAAUAAAAAAUGCCCCUUUU